UGUAACGAAUUAUCAUUUUUGAUGGAAGAUGUCGACAAUAUCGGGAGAGGGCGACAAUAUCGUGUAACGUGCAUUUUUUGUACUGACUGGACAAGCUUAUCAUAAAGGGUAUUUUCAUUAGUAAGCAUUACUUCGACGAAUGCUUCAAAUAGUUAAAAACGCACCGUCUAUCAAACCGAACUUCAAGCCUGCAACCAAGAUGAGGCGAUCUAGAGAAUCUCAGAAGAUGGGUGGUGGAGGGACUAAGACCGCCCAAAACGGACCCGACAACUCCUUACUCACGUUGCUCGCUAACGUCGGCAUCGUCGUGCUCGUCAUUCUGAACAUCUUAUCACUGUUGUUGGGUGUGGGUAUCAUCAUCGUGGGGAAGUAUGUGGACUCGGAGAUCAACAAGAACGAGAACGUCAUGGAGCUCCUCGAGCUCGUGGACUUUGGCGACUUCAACCUCCGCACGCUCGUCGAUGUGCUGAUCAUCAUCAUAUUUAUCGUCGGGGCGUUUGCCAUUGUUCUAUCGCUCAUAGGCGGCAUUGGCGCGUUCUUCACAUUACGUGUUCUCUUGUUUCUUUACAUAGGCAUCAUCCUCCUUGUCAUAAUCGUUGAAAUUGCCGUGGUCAGCUUGUGGGUCAAGCUUUUCCGAGAGGUGGACUACGCCCUGGAGAGCCUGCUCCUGGAUCUACUGAAGGAGUACACGGGGUUCUCCGACAUCACCGUCUACACUGUGGGCUGGGACUUCAUCUUCAUACUCUUUGAUUGCUGUGGGGUGCACCCAAUAACCGCGUCCUCGAAUGAUUUUGAGACGCUUCCGUCAGCGUUUUGGUCGAACGGUGACCGCGGAAGUGACGUCAUCCCGCAUGCGUGCUGCAAGGAUGUGGCCGUUAAAAACUACCUUAACUACACAAACACAGACUGCACUGUGAACUUGCAAGGCUAUCAUACAUCGGGUUGCUAUGACGCAUUUGAUCGAAUUUUCAACCAGCUAGGUUCGGCGGCUGUUUCCGUCGCAAGUCUGUUAGUUCUAGCAGAGCUUGGUGCAAUAUUCUUCAGUGUGAUUAUAAUUAUUGCGGUUUUCAAGAAGAAAAGAGCCGGUCUUGUUUGAAAGAAACCUAAAUGCAGACCUGCAGCUGUUUCCAGAUGUUCUAGUCUGGACAUUACUUUCAGUUGUUUUAGCAUUUACAUACAUAUCUCUUUUUUUAUACUUUUACAAUAUAAUAAAAGUGUUUUCGUGUGUGUUGCGUUCAGUGCACUUAGAAGUUAGCAGGUAUUCAAUUCAUGAACAUAUCAAUUCAAGUCUGUAUACGACUAUUGCCUUCCAGUUAUUAGCGGGGAAAUAAUAUAAUUCAAAAGUUGAUCGAUACGUUUGAAUGAUUGUCAAAUUAAUAUCUAGUUAUAAUUCUAUUGAAUAUGGAUUUUAUAAGCCAGCAUUUUUGCAGUCCAUAGUGAAUUGUUUGGAGGUACCUAUGGAAGUUAAUCCUUCAAGCCCAGUGCAGUUAAAGAAAGCGAAAGUUUAUCAGUUAUAACAUGUACAUGUAUUCAAUAAAUCACCUAUUUAAUAUCAGACAGUAUAAGUAAGAUGAGUUUUGGUAUUUUACCCCUUUUAUAGUAUGCAUGUGCAUGCCAUGACUGUGUUAAUAACAUAC